GGCAGGGCGCCGAGAGGGAAGCAGGCCCACCCCCAGCGCGGCGCGAGCGGACAGCGAGGCGAGCCGAGCGGAGCCGAGCGCAGCCGGCGGCGAGCGAGCGAGCGGUGUGUCGGCGACCCGACACCACCGGCCCGGGCCCCGGGCCGUCUGCAUCUCGAUAGUCGGCUGGACAGCGAGCGGACGCCGCCCGGACCAGGCCGAGCGGAAGCAAGCCGGCCGGCGAGGAGGACAGCGGCAGGCUCAGGAUAUCUCCCCGUCAGGAUGCUGGGAAAGUAAAAAUGAGACUGUCGCUCCUGCUGCUGGUGCUGCCACUCCUGCUGCUCCUGGGCUGCCAUGGCAAUCUCAACACAGGCGCAGGUGUCUUCAAGUUCAUCAAGUACCUGAACCACCCGCCCGAGAUCACCGUCCGGCCCAAGCCCCAGGUGGUGCGCGCCGGCGGCGUGGCCUACUUCGUGUGCGCGGCGCGCGGCGACCCGCCGCCGGUCAUCCGCUGGCGGCGGCGCGCGCGCGGCAGCUCGGCGGCGGUGGCGGCGGCGGCGCUCGCGGAGCGCGCCAAGGUGCUGCGCCUGCCCGGCCUGCCCGGCGUGCCCGGCGGCGGCGCGGGGGCGGCUGCGGGGGCGGCCGCGGCCUCGGAGGGCGGCGCGCGCCUGCUGCGCAUCCAGAACGUGCAGCCCAGGGACGCGGCCGCCUUCAUCUGCGUGGCCGAGAACAGCGCGGGCGACGCCGUCAGCGCCGAGGCGCAGCUCACAGUUCUCGACGGUAAGACGCCGGUGCCGGGCUUCCCCAUGGUGUCGCCGUCCGUGGCCGACUCGCUCACGUCGCGGGUGGUGGAGGCGGGCCACUCGGCCGUGCUGCCGUGCUCCGCGACGGGCGUGCCCGCGCCCACCAUCACCUGGCUCAAGGACGGCGUGCCGCUGGCGGCCACGCCCGCCCCGCCCGCGCUGCACGGCGCCCCCGAGCGCCGCGUGUUCAUCAUCAGCUCGGCCUCCUCGGGCUCGUCCGGCUCGCUCAACGUGUCCGCCGCCAAGGAGUCCGACAUGGGCCGCUACGAGUGCGUGGCGGAGAACAAGGUCGGCUCGCAGUUUAGCGCGCCGAUACAGCUCUACGUCAAAGUGCGCCGAAUACAGCCGUCAUUCACCUUGCCGGCGACCGCUGACAUAGAGGUGCCGAUGGGCGGCUCGGCCAACCUGUCGUGCGCCGCCACAGGGUCGCCGAUGCCGCGGGUGCGCUGGAGGCCGUCCAAGGAGGACGCGAUGCUGUCGGAUAUGCCGCUAAGCGACCAGCCCCAGGACGACCAGGAUGACGAGGACGAAGAAGUCAACGAGCUGAUGCUGGUGCCGGAGCAGGUGGAUGUCCCCGGAGAGGACGACGACGACGACACUGAGAACAACAGCCACACGAACAAGAACCGCGAGGAUGCCGCCAAGGGCGAUUAUGGGAGUGCGCACAUCCACCUGCACAACAUCAAGGAGUCCGUCAACUACACCUGCGUUGCCUCCUCAUCGCUCGGGGUCAUACACAGCACCACCAGGAUCAAAGUCCAGACCCUGCCCGGCGCGCCCACUGACCUGCGCGCCACCGACAUCUCCUCCACCAACGUGAAGCUGGAGUGGCGCGCGCCCGCGGACGGCCCGGGCGAGUACGUGCUGCAGUACCGGAGCAAGGGCUCGGCCGACGGCGCGGCGCACGCGGCGGCCGGCGCGCUGUUCCAGGAGGUCAAGGGCGUCAGCACCGUGUACUACGCCCUGCGCAGCCUGGCGCCGGGUACCAAGUAUGAGGCGCGCGUCAUCGGCGUCAACACCCUGGGCAGGGGGCCGCCGUCGGACCCCGGAUUCUUUACGACCCUGCACGCCGAGGACUCGCCGUUCAACGCUACUUACAAGGACCCCGAGGCCCCGCGCGGGCUGCAGGUGCGGCCGCUCAGCUCCACCACGCUGCUCAUGCAGUGGGAGGAGCCCCUGACGCCCAAGGGGCUGAUGACGGGCUACCGCAUCUACUACACGACGCAGCAGCUGCUCCCACUGCCGCAGUGGAGCCAGCAGGUGGUGGACGACUCGCGCUUGUCCACCGUGUCGGGCCUCACCCCGCACCAGGUGUACUACGUGCGCGUGCAGGCGCUCACCGCCGUGGGCGCUGGCUCCGCCUCCAUGCCCGCCCUCGUCAAGACGCAGCAAGGCGUGCCCGGCUCACCAACAAACUUCAACCUGACGGAGGUCUCGACGUCCUGGGCGCGACUGGAGUGGUCGCCGCCGUUCCCGCUCGCAGAGCACAUCGUGAGCUACGAGGUGUACUGGAACGACACCUACACCAGGGGUCGCCAGCACUUGAGCCUGUCCCCAGAGAGCCGCGGCGUGCUGCUGGAAACCCUAUACCCGGCCUCGACGUACGUGGUCUGGGUGGCGGCGCGCUCGCCGCGCGGGGAGGGCGCGCCCACCGCCCCCAUUCAAGUCAAGACCAAGGAUAUGGAGGUGGGCGCCCCGCAGGAGGUGCGGACGUGGCCCAUCAACACCACGGCGGUGCGCGUCGAGUGGAAGGCGCCGCAGGCCGCCGAGAACCUGACGCGCGGGUACCUCAUCCUGCUGCAGGCCACCACGCAACAGGAGGACGCCCCGCUCGAGGUGGAGGUGGGGGCGGCCAUGACGCAGGCCGAGGCCGGGUACCUGCAGCCCGAGACGGAGUACUCGGUGCGCGUGGCGGCGCUCGUCCGAGAUUCGCGCGGCGUGCUGAGCGCUCCGGACACGGUGCGCACCCGCGGCGGCGUGCCGUUGCGCGGUCACCUGCACACGCGCUGGCUCUCGCGCACCGCGCCGGCCCCCGCACCGGGCACGCAGCCGCCGGCCCUGUCCGCCGUGGCGCCGCCCCUCGAGGUCACGUGGCUCAUGCCGCCGCACUCGCCCGGCCCCGUCAUCGGGUACCGCCUCACUUACGGGCCCGUCGGCGAGCCACCGAGACAGCUGCUCAAGAACGCGCAGGACCAGCGGGCCAUCCUGGACGACCUGGAGCGUGGCGUCCAGUACGAGCUCAAGCUUGCCGCGCGAACGCAGGUAGGCUGGGGCCAAGACGCGCGGGUCGUUCUGUGGACGGCCGAGGGGGCUCCGACGGGCCCUCCAGUCAACGUGACGGUGUGGUGGCAGGCCGCCGGCGUCCUGGCCGUGGCCUGGGCGCCUCCCGAGCGGCCACAGCGCGGCGGAAACGUGACUGCCUACACGGCCACCCUCACCAAGGCUGGCGGUGACGCAGGCGGAGGCAACGCUCCCGUCAUCGCGACCAGGAACACCUCGUCGACGCACGCGAAAGCCGUGUUCCCCGGAUUAGAGGAUGGCCUCGACGUUGACGUGCAGGUCUGGGCGCACACUGCCAAAGGCGCUGGACCACCCUCGGCGAAGGUAACCGUGCGAGUGUCCACGGGGGCGGUGCGGGCUCCACUCAAGGUGGGCACCGCGGCCACGUCUCAGCACAGCGCCGAGGUGUGGUGGGAGCCCCUGCCGGUCAGGGGCAAGGUCCUCGGCUACCAGGUGCUGUACACGACCACGCCCGUCGAGGACCUGGACGAGUGGCAGGUCCUCUCGGUUGGCCUCACCGAGUCCGUGGAGCUGCAGGGCCUCGAGAGACACGCUGACUAUGCAGUCGCGGUGGCCGCGCGCACCCGGGAUGGCCUGGGCUAUCUAUCCCCCACGCUCACCGUGAGAGUCCGUCCCACCGAGGUGCCCGUCGACCUGAGGGCCACCGACGUGUCGACUCACGGCCUCACCCUGACCUGGUCGCCAGCCAUUCACAUCAACCCGCUGUACUACAGGCUGUCAUGGGACGCGGUGAAGCUGUUCGUGGACGCGCAGGGCAUCACGCAGACGCAGGUGAUGCAGCGGCGGGACCAGCAGCUGGACCACGACUCGCGCGUGCACCAGCUGACGCAGCUGCAGCCCUUCACCACGUACCGCGUCAACCUAACGGCAGUGCCGGCCGACAAGUCCUACCGCCCACCCGCAACCGUCACGGUCACCACGCAGAUGGCCGCCCCGCAGCCCAUGGUGCAGCCUGCCCUCUACGGCGUCGUCUUCGGCAAGGAGAUACAGGUUAUCCUGCCACAAGCCAGCGAGCAGUUCGGCCCCAUCUCCCACUACUACCUGGUCGUGGUCCCCGAGCCGCCAGACGUCCUCCCGUCGUAUCUGCCGCCCAUCCCGGACACGCUGCUCACGGACAAGCUCGAGCGCGCCUCGCAGGAGGAGGACAGGUGGUCUCUGGACCCGGGGGCGCAGCUCACGCUGCGGCCGUACAUCGCGGCGCGCUUCCCGCAGCGCAACAUCCCCUACACGUUCCACCUGGGCAACAACGAGACCUUCGACGGCUUCCGCAACAAGCCGCUGAUCCACGCGGCUCGCUACCGCAUCUUCAUCAGGGCCGUCGUGGACACCCCGCAGAAACAUCUGUACACCUCGUCGCCUUACUCGGAGCCGCUGUCCUUGUCCAUGCGCGCCGUCCCGCCCGGGGCCGCGCCGCGGCGCCCCGACCCCAGCGUGCCGGUGGAGCGGCAGGGCGGCGUGGCGGUGCGCGGCGGCGCGCGCGCGCGCAUGGGCCCGCCGGGGCUGCUGUGGCUGGUGGGGCCGCUGGGCGCCGCGCUGCUGCUAUGCGCGCUCCUCGUCGCCCUGUUCAUGCUGCGGCGCCGGCGGCGGCCGUCCAAGGCGCCCGGCGGCCCGGACUGCCCCGCCACCCGGCCGCUCAUCCAGAGCAGCGACUGCCUGCAGCAGGGCCAGACCGACAAGCAGGCCGCGUGCGACCCCGUGCGCGUGCGCAGGCAGACGUGCCAGACGGCCGCCAUGCUGGCGCACCCGCCCGUGCUCGUCAUCAACCUGGCCGAGCACGUGCACUCGCUGCGGGAGGGCGGCGGCACCCGCUUCGCGCAGGAGUACGAGAGCAUCGAGCCGGGGCAGACGUUCACGUGGGACUACUCCUCGCUCGAGGUGAACCGCGGCAAGAACCGGUACGCCAACGUGGUGGCGUACGACCACAGCCGGGUGGUGCUGCAGACGCUGCCGGACGUGCCCGGCUCCGACUACAUCAACGCCAACUACUGCGACGGCUACCGGCGGCGCGACGCCUACAUCGCCACGCAGGGCCCCAUGGCCAACACGUUCGGCGACUUCUGGCGCAUGGUGUGGGAGACGGGCGCCUCGGCCAUCGCCAUGGUGACGCGGCUCGAGGAGCGCACCCGGGUCAAGUGCCACCAGUAUUGGCCCGAGCGCGGCACGGAGCAGUACGGGCCGUGCACCGUCACGGCCCUGCACACCCAGGAGCUGGCCCACUACGUCAUGAGAACCUUCUCCCUCAAGCAGGACGGUGGUCCGGCCCGGGAGGUGCGCCAGCUGCAGUUCACGUCGUGGCCGGACCACGGCGUGCCCUCGCACCCCGCGCCCUUCCUGCUGUACCUGCGGCGGCUGCGCGCGCUGCGGCCCAUGGGGCCGCUCGUGGUGCACUGCAGCGCGGGCGUGGGCCGCACCGGCUGCCUCGUCGUGCUCGACGCCAUGCUCGAGCGCCUGCAGCACGAGAACACCGUGGACGUUUACGGCCACGUCACGUGUCUGCGCGCGCAGCGGAACUACAUGGUGCAGACGGAGGAGCAAUACAUGUUCAUCCACGACGCUCUGCUAGAAGCAGUGCUUUGUGGCCAGUCUGAGGUGUCCGCCAGGGCGCUGCAGAGCACGAUCCUUGCCCUGGAGUCACCGGUCGAGGACGGCUCCGGGCUCGUGGGCAUGGACCUGGAAUUCAAGCGACUCAACGCCAUGCAAAUGCCCGACGUCAGCUUCUCGGCGGCCUCGAUGGAGGCGAACCGGAGCAAGAACCGGCUGGCGCACGCGGUGCCGUACGACCACUCGCGAGUCAUCCUGAGCGGGGUGGGGAGCGAGCCCGGCGCCGACUACAUCAACGCCUCCUUCCUGGACGGCUACCGCGGGCGGCACGCGUACAUCGCGACGCAGGGCCCGCUGGCGCACACCGUGGCGCACUUCUGGAGGAUGCUGUGGCAGCACAACUGCGCCAUCAUCGUGAUGCUCACAAAGCUCAAGGAGCAGGGGCAGGACAAGUGCGCGCAGUACUGGCCAGCGGAGCGCGCCCUGCGCUACGGCGCGGUGCUGGUCGAGCCCCUCGCCGAGUACAACCUGCCCUCCUACACGCUGCGAGAGUUCAAAGUCAGUGACGACGCCGAGUCCAGGACCAUCCGCCAGUUCCAGCUGAGCGACUGGCCGGGGGAUGCCCUCAUAGACUUCAUCGGCCAAGUGCACAAGACCAAGGAGCAGUUUGGCCACGACGGCCCUAUCGCCGUGCACUGCAGCGGUGGCGUGGGGCGCACCGGUGUCUUCAUCGCGCUAGCCGUCCUGCUAGAGCGGAUGCAGUGGGAGGGCGUGGUCGACGUCCUCGGGACAGUGCGCCUGCUGCGCUCACAGCGGCCCGCCAUGGUUAGCACGCUGGAGCAGUAUCGUCUGCUGUACCGGUCUUCCCUGCAGUACUUGAGCUCGUUCGAUCAUUACGCGGCAUAGUGAGAUUUCUAAUUUGUGAUUUUUAGCGAUACUAUUUGUUUUCCCGCAUGCCUCCUUUUUGAGGGUUGUGGGAGAGGAUGGUGGCGGUCUUUCCCAUGAACAUGAAGCCAUCGAGCGACGGCCGAGCAAAUCGACAGCCUGUUGAUAUGUUUCAUGUUACUAGGGUUGCUAUACAAUCAAGUUUUUGAGACUCGUCUGUUUUCAUGUUCUGUAAGAUUUUGAACUGACUGCCCUCUGUCAAUAUGGUAAAAUGACUUUUGUGAUGUUGAUGUAGGUUGUGAAGGACUGACAGUUAAAAGGCUCGGACUUACCUCUGUCCAUACCUUGUGGGGAAUGGGCUACCCCGCUUAGUCUGCUUUUGACCCUGCCUCUGUGAAAAUUCUGGCAGACCUAACCAAAAUGAAUACACAUAUCAUAGUUAUAAGAGCCCUGUCAAUUGAACAUGCAUUCCAUUACCUUCGGCGCCUAGUUAUUUCCAGUUCACAUUGAACUGGCUGCCUCGACUUCUGUGAAGUCUGUUGCCUACUAUAAUUUAUUUGCGGAUUACAUUUAAGAGUAAUUCAUUCAUCUUUCAACUAUAAGCUUCCUUUUAUGAGCUGCUACUGUGAUCAAGUAAACUACCCUUUGACCGAGUUUUUUAAAUGAAAAAAGAUGAUAGGCAAUUGUUCGAGGAUGGUUCAUUUAUAACCUAAAACACUCAUAGAUACUGUUGUAAAAUAUCCCGAGAAAUGUUGAACAGCAUCAACUUUAUGUGUUUGUUACAAGUUGUGCCUAUUUUUGUAAGCCACUAGGCAUACAAUUGUUUGUAAAUAGACUGUUUAAAUGACUGAAUAAAUUGAAUGUAUGUUUUACUAGUUA